AUGUCGCCUCCAAGUUCUAUAGAAUUGCAAACACUUACCACCUUAUAUCAAAGAGCAAAGCAUGCGUUCCUUUUAAGAAAAUAUGAUUCUUCACAUUUACUAUGUUCCUCUGCAAUCUCUAAACUUCUGGAUCUUCCAGAUCCCUCACCUUCAAUAAAAAUUUUACAAACUAAGAUUUGGAACCUUUACAUUAAUUUAGUUGCAGCUAUACUUGCAGAAAAGUCACCAAUAGUAACAAAAAAUCUCGAGAUUAAGAGACUGUUAGAACGAUCACCUGAGAAAGUUAUCAAUGAUGUAUGGUUUAAAGUUGUAAAUGAAGGAUAUGCCGAAGAAAUCGGUGAAGUUCCUGGUGAAGUCGUCGUAGCAUGGUGGUGUUUGGCUAACGCACUAAAUGGACGUAAUAUAAUUGAAGAAUGGUUUAACGCACUUCCGGAUGAAUUAAUAUUGCAUCUUGAACAGAUGUCAUCGAAACACGUAACUAAUGAUACAAUUUUAAAAUCUUAUGAAAAGAUUGUGGAAUUAUAUCUUUUACAAGUAUUACCAAAGUUAAAGGAUUGGGAUUUAGCUUCAAAAUUCCUUGCUGAUAAUGAAAUUAUUAAUAUGGACCGCAAGAAAGCUUAUGAACAAACACUUUUAAAAUUAAAAGAAAGGACAAACAAACCCACACCUCUUAAGUAUACUAAACCAAAAAAAGACAAAUUAAAAAAAGAAGAAGGCAAUGGGAACCAUAGUAAUAGCUUUUUAAACGUUCGAACAAAUUACAUUUUCACAAAUGGGAUGGAAGUAUUGACAAAUAAUCAAAAAUAUGGAUCAUCUUCGUCUCCAUCAUCAAAUAUGAUGACUUGUAAUAAUGGACUUUUCACUCGCCCUUUACAUCCUGGAACGAGAACAACGGCGACAGUGACAAUGGAAUACUUGAUGUUGUAUUUGCAAAGGAUGAUGUCAAAGAUGUCUGCUCCUGGAUUUUUGUUUUUCAUCAUGAUAUUAUUUGUGUUCUCUACCAGAUCAAAUAUCAAAAAAAAGCUACACGAUGCAUUUUAUAAAUGGUUGGCUAAAUUAUGGCAAACUUUGAAGACAGUCACUUAUAUUUAA